AUGGAUAAGAAAAAUUCGAAUCUUUUGACGGCUGAUAGUGCCGAUGUCGCCUGCAAUUACAGCGACUUUGUUCUUCAAUGUUUCACACAACUGCGGGGUCGCGAACAAGGUAAACUGGCCUUCUGAGUUAUUUGUAACUGUGUUUCUAGCAUUAGAUCAAAGAAAUUAGUCUAAUUUAUAUUAUCCUUCAGAAUGUCUGGAUCUCGUUGAAUUAUGCGAUCAGUUGAGGAGAAAGUGGAAGCAUUCCUCAGAACACUGCGUCCUGGCUGAAGAAAAGGCCCAUCGGCUUGAACAGGAGAAAGAGUGAGUUGUUUAAUGUUGAUUUUUUAUUUUUUAGGGAGUUGAGAGCCGAAUACGAGCUUCUCAAAGAGCGUUAUCAUGAUUCUAAUGCCAAAGUCGGAGCUUUGAUCAGUCAAAGGGAUGAUCUGAAGAAAGAGAUCAAUGAUUACCAACAAAGAAUCAGAAGUAUCAGAACUUUGAUGGAAGUAAGCGAUUUCAGAGAAGACAAGACCAAGAUUUUUAUUAGAAUUGAGGUGUACCUAUAAUUAUAUUUUUUAGAAGGAACUCAAGGACACUGCGGCAUUUGGUCGAUUGAUGAAUUUGAGUAAAUUUGAUGAGAAGAAGCACGACAAUUUGAAUAAAUCUCGUGCCACUCGAUCCAACGACUAUAAUUUAGACGUGGACUUUGAUAAAUCUUUGGAUGAUGAGGAGAACAUUGAUGAAGUCCAUCUUCGCUACAACCGGACUUAUCAACGUCGCUCCAAGAGUGUCGAUACCGAUGCACAAAGAACGAAGAGUCAUGUGACUAAGAGAAGCCGGCAUCUUCAUGAGAAUAUCCAGGAGGUGGAUGAAGAUGAAGGCCAUCUCUCGACGCCCCCGAAGAAAUUCAGAGAUGAAGCCAAUGAGGACGAGAUUACUACUGUCACCACAAUUACUGUCGACCCUCGAGGUCGAUCUGCGACCAGAGCCAGUGUGGAAGUCCAUCGAUCCAAUCGGAGGUCCAUGUCCGAGUCCAAGGCAAUGGAUAUGUUCAGUCAGACACCGUUGAGCAAUAAGUCAUAUAGACUCGGCACAAGCAGCAACGACUUGUAUGUCAUUGUUUAAAGUUUCAUUUCAGUUUUACAUGACGUUUAGGAAUAUUAUUUUAGACGGACUCCAUUGACAGCCAUGGGAUCAUCUUGGACGAAGGGAAGGCCGAUCUUGGAAUGUGAUCACUACUUCGAAAGUGGCAAGAUGGCACUGAUGAAGAGUUGUGUUGUCUGCAAUCGAACUGUGACCAUGCAAAAUGUUUUAAAAUGCAAGGGUAGGAUUAUAAGACACUUGAUGCCUAAUUUUAAUUCAUUAAAAAAAAGUAUUUUGUUUAAUUGACCAAUCACAAAUGAUAUUUUCAGAAUGCAACCUCUACAUCCAUAGCAACUGCCUCUCCAGGGCACCACGACCAUGUCUUCCAUUUGCGGACAAGAAUAAAAAGGGUACCCCGCAGAAGAAAAAGAUCCCUAGAUUGGCGGAUCUCUGUCCCAGCAGCCCCCCUCUUGUCCCAGCCACCUUGAUCCGUCUGAUUUAUGAAAUUGAAGCCAACAGAAUGGAAUCUGAGGGCCUUUAUCGAGUCCCCGGGAACAGAGAUUUGGUCGCCAAACUUUUGUUCACAAUGAGUUCGAAUAUCAUCCCACAGUUGCAGAAUGAACACACAGAAGUCUUGACCUCUGCUGUCAAGAAAUUCUUGAUGAAUUUGAAAGUAAGGAGGUGUAUUGGAUGCUUUUUUAUGGUCAUUAUAGUUUGAUGUCAAGUAUAAUAUAAUUGUUGGCUGUUUGUAGGAGCCAUUGAUCCCCAACUCUUCCUACAAUGAGUUUAUCCAAGCUUCUCGCCAAGAGUCGGAUGAUUCCUUGAAGAAAGCGAUCACCGAUCUUCCAGACCCGCACAAAGAUACCUUGGCUUUCUUGUGUUCCCAUCUCCAAAAAGUGGAACGAUUUGGGUAUGCCAACAAAAUGACCAUUGAAAUCUUGGCUGAGAGGAUGGGAGGAGCUGUUCUGAGAGGUGGAAGAAAGGAUUCGUUGAAUAGUUUGGAGAGGGGAAGCAAUCAUAAUGAGGCCAAGACGAUGGAGAGGCUGCUCACGUUGAAUAAUGUAAGAGACUGUUGGUUUGGGGGAGUGUUUGAAUUGGAGGUGGUGUGAAAUUGUGGAAGGUACCUUGUGAAAAAAUUUUGAGGGAGUAGGGAUAAAGUUUAAGGCUGAUUUUCGGUGAUUUUUUACUCGAUUUUCCUUCAUGAUUGUAUCAAAAAUUUUUGAUUUUAAAGACUUUUAUGUUUGUGUGAUUACAGGAGUACUGGAGCGACUACUUGAACUCCCGGAUGUUAUACAUGGCCACUUCGAGAACGCCCCGAUUCCAAACGCCCAGAAACGCCGACCAGUCGAUUCUUGGCCCCGUCUCCGAAACCCCUCCUCUCAACUUUACCCCCACCCUCAGAUCCGCCAAACGUCGUGGUCUAAAUGUGAAUUUGUAUUGA